AUUUUUAACUAAUAGAUCUCCGUGUUUCGUGUACUUUAAGUUGCCUAUACUUUGCAGUGCAGUAUAUGUUUUUGUAACCUAUGAAUUGAAGUGUCGUUUUCAUAAAAACCAAAUUAUAUUAAUCAUCAUAAGUCCACAAAUAAAGCGCAUGUAAUAUUUGCACACUUCUUUAGUUAAUAUCUACAAAAAUGGAUAUUGAACUUAAUAUACCUCCAAAAAUAAAAGCGAUCCAAGAAUACAUCAACAAUGAAAUAAUUGGAUUGAGUAAAAUGAAAAAACUUCGCAUCAAGUUGAACGACAGUAUACCGAACAGUAAUAGCCACACGUUUGAGCUAGAAAUCCCAUUUGCAGGCACAUAUCUUAAGUGGGAUGUGAUAUUUAGCAAUGAAGACUUAAAGUUUGCACCUGAUUUUGACUUUGUCAAUGACCAGUUCCUAACUGAUCCAGAUAUUGAUGUAAUAGAGAAGGAUAUUCCAGCAUUAUACCAUUGGAAUAUUGAUGAACCGGAAUGUUUGUACAAUGUAGUCAAACAAAUUCUCUGCUUGUAUAAAAAGUAUCAAGUGGAUAGGCUACAGGUGAACAAGUAUGAAAGACAAUACAUGGAAUACACAGUCCUCAUUAGAGAAAUGAAUAUUCCAGAAGAAGAUAUUGAAGUACACAUUGACCAUUCAGAUGGCAUACACUUUCUAGUUCAAUUACCGAUCGACGUGUCGACGCUACCGCCAUAUUUGGGCAAAUAUUUUGAAAAUAAUAACACCGACGGUACUCCGGCGGAAUUAUGUAACCCCGGACAAGAUACAAUCAUGCUACGUAUUUCCUAUAUGAAUCAAAAGGUGCAAACAAACGUUUGGCUCACGCAACACCUCGAAGAAGUAAUCGGUAACACGAAGUUGUUGCGCUUACCAACAUGCACGAAAGACAUGAGUCUACUGGAAUACAUCCCGGCUGUGAAGAAAGUAAUACACGAGAAGUUGUCGACGAUUAGCACGAAUUACAAGCUGCGCAAUCAAUUCGUAAGCACGAUGUUAGCGUACCAAGGCCGGAGUAUCAUCGAGUAUGACAAUGUAACAUUCAGUAAAAUGACACUGCUAUUAGAAGCUCAAGAAAACAAUUGUUUAGUUAUUAUUCAGCUGGGUAAGAAUUUCGAUAAACCGAUAUUGCAACUUCGAUCGCUAUAUUGUGAAAGAAACAGUAAACCAAUGAGCGAGAAUUUGAAUUAUUCGUAUGACCCGAAAGCCAGUAUCGAGGAGACGGUACAAAAGAUACUAAAUACAGUCUACUGCUUUCUGACCACGUGCAAAACGGAAAGCAAUCACAAUAGCAACAGGAACGACGUGAAACAAAGCGAUAAGUUUAGCUAUGCCGCAGCGGUUACGAAACAAACUUAAAGUUCACUGAAUACUUAACAAGAAAUUCGGUCUGUUGUUUAAUGCCACAAUGUAUAAUUUUAAACUUUAUAAUGUAAUAAUCAUAUAAAUAUUUAUGUCAUAACAAAUGUUCUGAUUCUGGUUAGUAUUCGAUUCUGACCAGAUUAUUUUGUAAAAAAAACGGAUGCGCAGACAGAAAAA